AUGGAGUCAGGCGCGUCUUCUGCAUCGCAAAGGCUCGAGAGCUCACCGCUCAACUUCAUUUACGCUUGUUCUAUCUGCUGCGCUACGUUUGCUGAUACUUAUGAGGGUCACAACGAAACGGUCCAAGGUCUCUCAGAUGGUAUCAAUCCUAAGGAUCGCCUCGUCACAAAGCUGUACCUUAGCGGCUGCUGCCAUGUCUUCUGUGGCGAGCACAUUGAAGGAGGCGGCCCUUCCUUCCAUCCCGCCGGGCAAAAGCCUAGAGCACCAUGCCCAUUCUGUGUCAAAGAGAAGGGCGACGCCACUGUCCGUGACCUGUAUUCCAUACGCGGCUUCUACAAGGACGAAUACGACCCAGCAAUACCACCGAUUUGGUUCACCGCACCGCCUAUGAGCCUAGAUGGCCCCACCAAAGAGAUGGAAGCUCUGCGCUUCCAGUACCUAGCACUUGCACGCUACUGCCAGACAUCUUAUCGAACACGAAAGACUCUCACAGAUGCAUUGAAGAACACAAAGCAAGAACUGGCUACGGUGCAGAACCGUGCUGCAGAAGAGCGUUCGGAAACCAUCUCUUUACAGCAUGAGAACGAGAAGUUACGGGCUGCAGCAGAGCAGGCUGGCGAAGUGGACUCGCUUAGGGCUGAAGUACAACGAUUACAACAUCUGGAGCAGGAAAAGGAUCAGUUCGAAGCCGAUUUAGAGGCCUUCCGUUGUCUUGAAGCUGAUGUGCGCAAUCUUGACACCUUCCGGAAGAACAAGGCUGCUAUCCUGCACUAUCUGAAGCUGUUCCCGAAGGUGGCAGAGCAAAACACCAAGAUGAAAGAGCGGCUCUCUUCGUUGGGGUUCGCCAUGGCCGUAGAGCCUAUUCCCAACUACCCACAGCUGACGUCUGAUGACUUGAACGAGAUCGAAGGCAUUGCUGAAGCCUACGCUGAAGAUGAUAGGCGGUUCCAGAAAUCGUCCUCAAGCCAUACCGCUGGGCGCUCUGCGCACACCUUGGGCUACCCAUUCACGUCCAGCGACCGUCCACUGAAGCGUCAAAGGGUCGACUCCCCCCUUCCACGCGAUAUGCACAUCGACCCACCGAGUAGCCGCGACAUGAUGCCGCCCCCGUCAAAGCCUCUGUCAAGGAUGCGCUCAGUUCGAAGCUUGUUCCCUACGAUACGUAAGAAGUUCUCGAGCAGCCGAUCGUCGUCAAAGGAACACCGAAACAACAACGGUGAUGUACAGAUGUAUGACAAUGAACAGUGGCGAGAUGCAGCAGACUCUUCCACUGGCGACGAUCGAUCAUUACCACGCCGUGAUUUGCGCAGCGAGACACCGUACAUGUCCGGAGCUUUGCCUGUUGAGCAAGCAUCACAACGAUCGCACCUACUUGCGAGCGUGGGAGCACAUGGUAAUGCAUCAGAGUUUUCCUUCUGUGCAUCGUCACCUGUCAAGAUGAAUGGUGGACAAUGCCAGCGCCAGUCCGUACAACUACCUACAGGACCAUCGUACCUUCGUCUCAUGGAUGGCUUGUCACGCGACAACGGUAUUGAGCUAGGACUGAAAGAUCCUCGUGAGAAUGCGCCAGGUCAUUAUGAGGCCAACAACACCGUCAGGCCAACAGUCAGUACCCCUCAAAAUCAGCGGCAGCCUCAGGAGUCGAACAACCAAAAACGUUGGGGACUGGGCCAUGCCUUCCUUCAUCAAUCACCCAAUGGACCACCAAGACAGACUAAUAACCAGCAACUCACUUCGCCACUUGAGGAGUCUAAGGGCUACUUCAACCGAGCGCACUAUGACCCAUUUAUAAGGAUUGCAACUCCAGGCUCAGUCCAGCUCCAACAACCUGCCCGUCAGACCGAGAACGUAGUAAGUUCCUUCUUUGGGCGCAGUCAUUACGAUGCGCUUGCACCACCGCAACACCGGAUCACUGAGACCCAAACCAGUUCACAUCGUUUCGCCGCCUCUCAGUUACGGAGGUACCCAACUUCGCAGGUUUCAACCGAAUGGCGUGAGCCACGCAGUCUGAAUGGGCUGUCAUUUAUCGACUUGCCUCUCGAUUCGCGGAAUGAGCCCUUUAUGCACAACGGUCAUCGGCAGCCAUCACGACAUGUAUCUACACAAAGCUAUCAGGACUCGUGUGGCUUUGUAACACGCGCAGACACUCACCGAUCUUCCUUCGUUGACGACAGCGGCGAUGGUUCGUCCCUACACGUCAGACCUACGUUCUCUCGGCAGCAACAACUACAAGCGCAGUCAACGAUGCUGCCUUCCUCCUCCUUCAAUCAGACCCUCCCUUCGCGAAUCGGACAACUACCGUCAUCUAUGCCAUCUGUUGUCUCGAGUCAUUCUCCUGUACGCAACCGAACCCAGUGGGAGACAUUGCAACGCGCAGGCGUGAGAAGCAGUCGUCAAAUGCAUGGGAAGAUACAAGGGAAUAUGUUCAAUUUGUCCUCCACGAAUCCGUACUCCCGUGUCGAGCGGCGCAGCGUCAGACGGUGA